AACAGAGCCAGUGAACCUACAAACAGUGCAAGUGUGCCAAGGAAAAGUGCCAGUGCACUUACAGACAAAGUAAGUGUGCCCAGUAACAGUGCCAGUGCACUUGCAGACAUAAUACGUGUGCCAAGGAACAGUGCCAGUGAACCUACGCAUAGUUCCAGUGUGCCCAGGAACAGUGCCAGUGCACUUACAGACAAAGUAAGUGUGUCUAGGAACAGUGCCAGUGCACCUGCAGACAGAAUAAGUGUGCCCAGGAACAGUGCCAGGCGUGCCCGAGGACAGUACCAUUGUUUCUUGGGAAGGUGCACACAGGAUCUGCACCAGUGGACCUACAGACAGUGCACCAGCAUCCCCUCUGUUACUUUACCUGUAGGUGAUGAAGGAUAUGUUUUUAAAAGUAUUUCUACCUCUGUGAAGUUACUAUAUACAAAUGCAUCACGUAUUUCCAUCAUUGCAACUCCCUUUGCUUUCAGUGCAAUAAUAAUACCAACCAGAGGAUUGCACUCUCACAAACACUGCAGAAGCCUACAGAGUCCCUGGGUUUACUGGUAAGACAAACACUGACCUCAGCACCAGAGAUGAACUUCUUGCAAGCCACAUAGAAACUGGAUUUAUUGGCAAGGCAGACAUUACUCACAGAACCAGUGUCAUAGAUGGACUCAGUAUAGAUCCCUUAGGUGCACCAAAGGUAAUUUACUCAUUGCUCCUCACUGCACCGCCUAGAUGGUGUCCCACCAGCCCUUACACUGCUGAGGUUUGAUACCAAAGACCAGUACCCACCAUGGGGGAUGGCUGGCUCACCCCGGAUUGCAAAAAUAAAACCAGCAGUGACACCCUCCCUACCAUGCCCAGCUCUAUACAGCCACUGCAUGAGAUGACCCAGCAGUGGACUGUUGGAAUGGCUAUGUUAAUGGCUGCUAUCAUUCUGCUCAUUUUGAUGGGAAAUGUAAUGGUCAUUGUAGCUAUCGCCAAGAACCAGAGACUACAAACCCUAACUAAUGUUUUCAUCACUUCGCUGUCUUGUGCAGAUCUAAUCAUGGGUUUGUGCGUGGUGCCCCCGGGCGCCACCUUGGUGGUCAGUGGCACUUGGCUGUAUGGGUCUUUCUUCUGCGAGCUGUGGACUUCAGUGGAUGUGCUGUGUGUGACUGCCAGCAUUGAGACUCUCUGUGUAAUUGCCAUAGACAGGUACAUAGCCAUCACUUCUCCCUUUCGUUACCAAAGUUUGCUCACCAAAGCCAGAGCCAAAUGGAUAGUGUGUACAGUGUGGGCUAUCUCAGCCCUGGUCUCCUUUCUACCCAUCAUGAUGCACUGGUGGAGGGACACUAACGACCCAGUGGCUAUAAAGUGCUAUGAGGACCCUGGCUGCUGUGAUUUCGUCACAAACAGAGCAUAUGCCAUCGCCUCAUCUAUCAUUUCCUUUUAUUUUCCCCUAGUUGUCAUGAUAUUUGUCUACAGUCGUGUUUUUAAGGAAGCCAGGAAGCAAAUGAAGAAGAUAGAUAGAUGUGAAGGAAGGUUCCACCACAAUAACCAUGUGCUAAGCAAUUCACGGUCCAGUAGGAGAAGACUAUCCAAACUCAUUGUUGCUAAAGAGCACAAAGCCUUAAAAACUUUGGGCAUCAUUAUGGGUACCUUCACUCUAUGCUGGUUGCCCUUUUUCUUAGCCAAUAUAGUGAAUGUAUUCUACCGAAACCUUAUCCCAGAUAAGCUAUUUCUCUUUUUAAACUGGUUGGGGUAUGCAAACUCAGCCUUUAACCCCAUCAUCUACUGCAGGAGCCCUGACUUCAGGAAGGCUUUCAAAAGACUGUUGUGCUGUCCCAGAAGUGCAGACAGAAGGCUUCAUGCCACUGGUGAGCUGUCAAGAUAUUCUGGAGGCUUUGUUAACUCUUUAGACACCAAUGCCUUGGGGACAUGGUCUGAAUGCAAUAGCACACAUGCAUCUCUAGAUCCUGCGUAGUAAAGUGCCGGGGCAAAUAUUUAUUUGGCAUUUAGUGACUCUGAUUAUAUGGAGUUACCAAGGGUACUUGAUUACAAACCGUGUAGGAGGAUGUUUUAUUGUUCCCAUCACCUAUUUUUGAUUUGGGUACAUUUAUAACGCAAACUAGUUUUGUUUUUAUUUUUUAAAUAGCACUUUAUAUGGUCAGAUAAGUUAUAGUGCUAAGUGCUUUACUUUUUAUAGCAUCCUGGCACUUUCUUCUGAGAACAUCCAGGACUUUGGAUGGUCACCCAGCAAGUCUGGAUUCGCACAAUACCCCUUAAUGAGCUUCUGAAACCUGACACCUGGUGUCUUUCAGAGCCCCUUUAGCCCCCUGAAUAUAAUAUUCUAUAACCAAACAAGUUAUAUGGGAAAUAAUGUUGCGUGUGGACCACUUAUCAGAUGCUGGAGGAGACAUGUCAAAGACUGAAGCCCUCCGUAAUUGUUUACUAGGAUUGAAUUAAACUGACUUUAAUACCUCAACCACAUGCAUAUUUCUGAGCUAAGCACUGAUUUUGCAGGGGCAUUCAUGACUUUAUUUAACAGCAGAUUUCUUUUCUUUAAAUGUUGUAGAAAGAAAAAAGUGUUUUGUGGGCAUUGCACUUAAUCGUAUUUCUUUAAUUUUGCAAACCUUGAGUUUUGUGUUUACCUAAAAUUUUAUAUAAACACACUGUUAAAUGAUAUAAUGCAGUAUUGUAUUUCUACUCUAUAGAAUUGCUAUGUGUCUUUAGCACAAGAAAAACCAUCCGGCACUGAGUUAAUCUGUUAAUUCACAAUGUAUUAACUGUACCAAUUACCACCUUUUCUAAAGUACCC